AACAAGAAACGCCUCAUUUUUCUGGUAUCCGGCUGUUGGGACUUGGGAGCCCUAGCUUUUAGUUGCUCUCAUCUCUCUUAACUCAUUGAUCGGUGAUCCAUAACGUCGAUACUUGCAGAGAGAGAGAGAGAGGACGAUGGGGAGAGGAAAGUUCAAGGGCAAACCUACUGGCCGGCGCCAGUUUUCCACUCCGGAGGAGAUGAUGUCUGGUUCAUCUUCUCGGCCUCGCACAUUUAAACAGGUUGAAGCUAAAGAGGAGGAAGAGGAGAGAUCUGAAGAAGAAGCGGAACAGGAUUCUGAGGAAGAACCUGAAAAGCGGAAGGGCACCCAAGGUGUUAUUGAGAUUGAGAAUCCUAAUUUGGUGAACCCAAAGACCUUGAAAGCUAAAGAUGCUGAUAUUGAGAAAACAACUGAACUCUCAAGGCGUGAAAGAGAAGAGAUAGAGAAACAGAAGGCUCAUGAAAGAUACAUGAGGUUGCAAGAACAAGGGAAAACUGAACAAGCAAGAAAAGAUUUAGAGCGAUUGGCCCUUAUACGGCAGCAGAGGGCCGAGGCUGCCAAAAAACGAGAAGAAGAAAAAGCAGCUAAAGAACAAAAGAAGACUGAAGGUCGCAAGUGACGGUAAUCUGCCUGGGUGAAAUGUUAAACAGAAAAUUGUACUUCUAGGACAACAUAUUUGUUCCUCUAGUUCGUUCAAAUCAAAGUGUCGUUUCAAGUACAAUUUGUUUAGGCUAUCUAUUUUGGUUGUAUACAGGAGGCAAAUGUGUGUAACCACUAUUGGACCUUUAUAGCUUUUAAGAACUAUUUAAGACUUUGAUA